AAGACCUGCGCGUGGCCUGCCUGGACCCGCUGCAGGAAACGGAAGCCCUCAAGCAACUGCCGGACGCCGCCGGUGCUGCCAGCGCCGCUGAGCGUUCGGAGGAGGACUUCCAGGAGACAACCAGCGUCGACUCCGGUCAGGGCUCGGCGGGAGAGGCCAGGGCGGACGCCGGCUUCCGCUGUCCCGUCUGCGGUGCCAGGUUCACCGACAGGACGCGGUUGGGCGAGCACGUGACCCGGUGCCCCGCGCGUGAGUACCGGUGCGAGCAGUGCCCCAAGGUGUUCAGCUGGAAGAGCAACCUGAUCCGGCACCAGGCGGCCCACGACGCGUCCCGGCGCUACGUGUGUGACAGCUGCCGCAAGGUCUUCACGGACCCGUCGAACCUGCAGCGUCACGUGCGCUCCCAGCACCUCGGGGCCCGCUCGCACGCCUGCCCGGAGUGCGGCAAGACGUUCGCCACCUCCAGCGGACUCAAGCAGCACACGCACAUCCACAGCAGCGUCAAGCCGUUCCGCUGCGAGGUCUGCCUCAAGGCGUACACGCAGUUCUCCAACCUGUGCCGCCACAAGCGCAUGCAUGCCACCUGCCGCAUGCAGAUCAAGUGCCACCGCUGCGGCCAGGGCUUCGCCACGGUCACCUCACUGUCCAAGCACAAGCGCUUCUGCGGAUCGCCCGGCGGCCGCUCGCCGCCGGAGCCCAUGAGCGCGUCCGCCGCCACCACGCCGCUCCAGCUGCUCUUCCCGCAUUCGGUGGGCUUCCCGCCGCAGCUCAGGCCCCAGGUCAGGACCGCCAGGCCCCAGGGCUCGCCCCGGCGCUCUUCGGGCUCCGAGGCCACCGACGAGCCGAGCAGCCUGGACAGCGACGCCGAGCCCUUCAGCUCGGACUCGGACUCGGCCGCGCCACCGCCGCCCCGACGCCCGAUGGACCUGCCGCAGUCCGUGCGGAGCCUGCCGCAGGGCCGGGGCUCGCCCCGCCAGGGCGCAGUCUGCCCGGAGUCGCUCCAGGGCGCCGCGCCGUCCGGCUGCCGCUCGCCGGAGGCGCCCUGCGACCUAUCCCACCACAAGAUCGCCGAGGACUCGCCCGAGUUCCAGUCGCGCGUCCAGCGAGACCGACAUCAGGUCGACGAGCCGCUGGACCUGCGGGUCUGCCGAAAGGCCGUCCAGCCCGCGCAGCCAGCGGUCCAGCCCUCGGCGCCCCCGCCGCUGCUGGCGGGGCGCCUCCAGGCGAUGGCCUACCCCCGGCCCAUCCCGCCGGGCCUCUUCUUCGACUCCCUGUACCGGCAGGACAAGCUGCCGCUCGGUCUGCACUUCCCGGGGCCCGACCGGCUCAUGGGCUUCCCGCCGCGGUUCUCGUUCCUCAGCCCGCUCCUGGGGGCCUCGCUGGAGCUGAUGCGCGCCCAGGCCGGGCUCGACUCGCCACCGCAGCAGCAGCGGCUUCAGCAGCAGCUCCAACUUCAGCUGCAGCAACAGCAGCAGCAGGCCGCCAAGGGUGCGCUGCUGGCAGAGUCCCGCCCCAAGGAACGCUACUCGUGCAAGUUCUGCGGCAAGGUGUUCCCGCGCUCGGCCAACCUGACGCGGCAUCUCCGCACGCACACGGGCGAGCAGCCGUACAAGUGCAAGUACUGCGAGCGGUCUUUCAGCAUCUCGUCGAACCUGCAGCGCCACGUGCGCAACAUCCACAACAAGGAGAAGCCGUUCAAGUGCCCGCUGUGUGAUCGCUGCUUCGGCCAGCAGACCAACCUGGACAGGCACCUCAAGAAGCACGAGGCCGAUGGUCCGGCCCUUGUGGACCGCUCGCCGCGCAAGGACGACGCCUACUUUGACGAGAUCCGCAGCUUCAUGGGCAAGGUGACCACGGCGAGGCCGCCGGACGCCGCCGGGCGGCCCAGGGCGCACAACGACGUGGACGACGACGACGAAGAUGACGACGAGGACGGUCGACCCUCGACGCCGCCCUCGUUUGCCGAGGAGUCGUCACAGCAGAGCGGCUGCAACACGCCCGAGUCCUCGCUGGGCGCCAAGGAGAACGCUUCCUGGACGCCCGCCUCACCGCGAGACCUGCCGCUCGGCCACGGCGCCGAGGAGAUGCCGCUGGCGGCCCGCGCCGCCGCCGCGGCCACGCUCUGAGCGCUCCGCCGAACACGCACACGCGCUCUCUGGAGGGCGUCCACGCUAGUCAGGACAUUCUCCAAAAUAAUAUAUUUCCGCCACCACCGCGGGACGUUCGAGUCGUGCGCGAGCGCGUGUGCCCGCGUGAUCUGUGCCGUUUCGUGUCGCGGACCCAUGACAGACGCGUCACGCGGUGACCCCGCCCGCGACCCGCACCGCGGCGGCUCUUUUUUCUAUCCCAAAGACGAUUGGCGACUCGCAGUGCGGCCCGCAGCACGGUGGCCCGCAGCCAAGAGCCACAGUGCGCGGCGGUGGUCUGGCGUUCGUAGCGCCGCCGGCCCUCCCUGGGACGUCGAGGAAUGUCUUCUGUGCAGAGCCCAAGACCGGCGUCGGCAACGACGCUCGCGGCCGAUCGAGGAACUCGUAAAGAGGGGCAAGGAGAAGACCCUUGUUUGCCGGUAAAGUUGCGCGAGUGUGUGUGUGGUAGAAUUUUGUUGGAGUGAGGAAGAGCACUAAUAUGUAAUCAGUGGCGGCGGCGCUAAACUGCAGUGUACAAAACAAAAGCGGGCCCAGAGGACGCCAAGAAAAGCCCCUCCUCGAUUGCAGCCGCAGUCGGAGGGCCCUCCCUCGAGAGAUGAUGCAGUCCAGCUGUUCUGCCGUGUUUCGCAAUCAUUUUUCUCACAGUUGUAAUUAAACAAAAAAGAUGGUCUGAUAAAUAUUGUUU